AUGCAGCAGCAGCAGCAGAACCAGCGGCAGCAGCAAAAACAGCAACAGCAGCCGAACCAGCAGCAGCAGCAGCAGCCGAACCAGCAGCAGCAGCAGCAGCCGAACCAGCAGCAGCAGCAGCAUAAACAGAAUCUACAGCAGCAGCAGCAGCACCAGCAGCAGCAGCAGCAGCACCAGCAGCACCAGCAGGAGCAGCAGCACCAGCAGCACCAGCAGCAGCAGCAGCAGCAAGAAGAGCUUGCCUGCAGCAACAUGAGUGACAUCGCUUCUACCCAGAGGAGCCAGGUCCGUCACCGAGAGAGGCUGCAGCAGCAGCAGCUGCACCUCAACGCCCCGCGAAUCCACAUAACACCCUGUCUGCAACGCUGCUGUUACCUGCAGCAGCAGCAGCAGCAGCAGCAGCAGCAGCAGCAGCAGCAGGAGGGAUAG